CUUUGACUUUGUUAGAAUUAGGUCCAGUCAACUGGAAUACAAAAAUCGUUAGAAAUAUGCCUCGCACCAAGAUUUCAGCUCGUCGUCAGGCCCAGCGCCAGAAAGCUGAUCGCGAGGAGAAAGUGCGCCUGUCCCAAAUCAAGAUGGAUGCGGCUCUGGAGAAGAUCGACGAGAUAAGCAAGCGCUACAAGCAAGAGGUAGACAACCAAAUUAAGUUGAUCCGUGGAAGGACCGAUAAGCAGCUGCUGCAAAUGAAGAUGCCAGAAUUCUUGGCUCUCGGGUUUAAAACUUUCGCCGAACAUCAGAGGGCAGCUAUUAAGCCGCCCACAACUCGCAGUUUGUCCAUCAGUCGUGGUCGAACCCGGACUCCGCAGAAUGCCCAGCUACCGAGGCAUCAGGCGCAUUCGGUGGACAGGGCUCUGGUUGGCGACACCAUGAGCUUUGUGCGAUGGCCCCGCGCCGGAGAGAUGGUGCUCUCGAAGGCGGGAAGCCCGCUGGCCGUCCAGUCGCGUCCGGAUCGCUAUGCGGACGUUCACAUUCCCACCAAGGGCGGCGUGAUCACCGUGAAGCCGCACAAGAUCAACACCGUGAAGCGGGAAGUACUGAUGCAGCUGGAUGAGAACACACUCAACCAGGUGAAGACACUGAAUGCCAAUCUCGGAUUGAUCGUGGACAUGGCCAACAAACUGGGGAAAUUAAAACCGUAAAAGCUAUCAGAGGAAACUUCAAGAACUCAUCUAUUACGCUUAUUUCGUUAAUAUUUUAUUUAGUCUUUUUCAUUUUCUCAUUUUCAAUGUUUUUGUUCAGUUGUUAAACAUUAAGUGAACGUGUCUGUUGUUCUUGUUGCUGUUUGCUGCUUUUUGCUUGCUUCUUGUUGUAUAAUUAAUUAAUAAAUUUAAUUAAUUGUAUGUAUAUAUAUAUCGAUUUGUAAGUACAAACAUAGCGUACAGAAUUCCGUCUCCACUAACAUUAAAUUUAAUUGUUUAAACAUUUUUCUAUUGUGUUGCAUGUGUGUGUUUUGUGUGUCUGUGGGUGAACAUUCUCAAUUAUGCUUGUAAGUAUAGUACUUAGUUAAAUUAAAGUGUAUUGUGUUUUCAUUCAAAUGAAAAUUCAAGUGAAACUUUACUUGGUUUCCUAACUUUUCAUCUUCACUUUCAGUUGUGUGAAUCCUUAGACAAACGUUACAUUUACACAUAUACAGAUUUAGUUAUUAAAAAUUAUCAUUAAUUUUUAGUGUGUAUUGUGUUAAAUUUAGCAUUUGUUUUUUGGGCUUCCCAUUAGAGUGUGAAAUGUGAGUGGGAGUGGGGCGUGUCGUACGCGUUUAUAUAGUUACAGAUACAUAAAAAUACAAUACAUAGCAAAAGGUACAUAUAUAGAGACUUAUAAUACGCUUCUUUUCACUGAAUUAUUCAAUACGAUUUUUAGAGACAAAGACAACAUAUAUGUGGACAAUCAAUCGAUACGUGUAAACAGUGACAGAUGACAACAACAUAACACUGAGAUUUUUAACAUUCAUUAUGUUUGUGUGGAUAGGGUUUGAGAGUUUUCGUAAAACGAUUUCAAAGAAUUAAACAUACGGGUAGUGCGAUGAACAGUCGCCCUGACUCAAAACCAGCAAUAAACGAAUAUAAUCUAAUCAAAAUGCUCAUGAUAAUCUUAAAACAACUUGCCGUUUUCUUCAGUACAGUCUUCCCUCCAAAUCACGUAUUCUAGCAUACCCAAAUUACCGAUUAUGUGUUUAUCUAAGCGCUAAAUAAUCGUUGAU